UCCGUGCGCCGUCGUUCACCAGUGUGCGCCUGUGUUUUUUCACCGGCUGGGAACAAGUCAGUGAGCCGGAGAAAUGUCGGAUGCUCUGCUGAAAUGGUGUGUGGACCAGCUACACCAGCACUUCGGUCUGGAGGCGUGUGAGGACAUCGUCCAGUACAUCCUGUCCAUUGACAAGGCGGAGGAGAUCGAGGAGUAUGUGGGAGACCUGCUCCAGGGGACGGACGGCAGGAAGAGGCAGUUCAUAGAUGAGCUCCUGAGCAGAUGGAGGAAGACCCAGAGGCAGACUGCAGACACCGCCGGCCUUUUCGUUCUCAAAGACUCUGGGUCUGGAGCCGAUUGUCAUGACACGACAAAAGACUCCCAGAAGAAGUCCAAGCGCAAAGGCCGCAACAAACAGGAGGUGAUGAGUGUGAGUCAAGUAGAACCUGAGCCAGAGGCAGUGAAAACCCCCAUCGACCUCAUGAAGGCCCAAGAAAGCAACAGUGCCUCUUCAACAAAGAAGAAAAGUAAGUUUGUGAAUCUCUAUGCUAAAGAAGGACAGGACAAACUGGCUGUCAUUCUCCCUGGCCGCCAUACCUGUGACUGCCUUGCCCAAAAGCACAACCUCAUCAACAACUGCCUCAGCUGUGGUCGCAUUGUGUGCGAGCAGGAGGGCUCAGGUCCCUGCCUCUUCUGUGGAAGCCUGGUCUGCACGAAAGAGGAACAAGAAAUUCUGCAGCGAGACUCCAACAAAAGCCAGAAACUACGAAAGAAACUCAUGGGAGAUUGCACCGAUAGAGAUUAUCUCCCACACCAGGAGGCGCGGAUUAAGGCUGGCUUGGAGAAAGCCCUUCAACACAAGGAUAAACUGCUAGAAUAUGACAAGAAUAGUGUCAGGAGAACCCAGGUUCUGGAUGAUGAGUCAGAUUACUUUGCCACCGAUUCCAAUCAGUGGCUGUCACCUAGUGAGCGUGACAAGCUGCGGAAAAAGGAAGAGGAGCUACGAGAACUUCGUCACGCUUCCCGGAAGGACAGGAAGAUCACGUUGGACUUUGCUGGUAGACAAGUACUUGACGAAGGAGACAACCUCAGCGAGUACUACACCAAGCUUGAUCAGACCAUCAAGGCUAUGAACUCGGACUCUGCAGUGAAAUCACCUCGGCUCACUGAGGGACAAGCUGGGCAGCAAAACCUCCGACAGCUGGUCAACCCCAACAUAAUGCAAGCUGCACCUGAGUGGGUCAAUGUGGGCAGCAGUGAGAGCCACAAGAGCAAGGGCAUGGGUUCAGGGGAGGACAAGGCAGGAGAGGAGCGAUCCAGACUGAGAAUACAAGACCGAGAGCUGCAGGAGAUGUCUGAUGGAGGCUGGUGCCUCAGCAUGCACCAGCCGUGGGCCUCUCUGCUGGUCAAAGGCAUCAAGAGGGUAGAAGGACGGAGCUGGUACACAUCCCACCGGGGUCGUCUUUGGAUUGCUGCUGCUGCCAAAAAGCCCACUCCACAGGAGAUCGCUGAAGUGGAAAACAUGUACCGCCACAUCUACAAGAGAGAGCCCAGGUUUCCUAAAGACUACCCGACUGGCUGCUUGCUGGGCUGCGUCAACAUGACAGACUGCCUGUCUCAGGAGCAAUUCCAGGAACAGUUCGCCGAUACCUCUGAGGAGUCGGCUUCCCCAUUCGUCUUCAUCUGCACCAACCCUCAGGAACUGGUGGUGAAAUUCCCCAUGAAAGGGAAGCACAAGAUCUGGAAGCUGGAGAGUCAGUACCACCAGGGUGCCAAGAAGGGGCUGCUUCCAUCAGCUGCAGAAUGACGUCAGAGAAGAAGCGAAGGAAGAAAAACCAAUACUACGUCUGAUUGGCCGCGGCUGAGGAGGACAUUGUAAUUGAGCUUGUUGUGAAAAAAAAAAAUGUAUAAAAAUCAUCACAUUAUCCAUUUGGUCAUCCAACCUUUAUUUUAUCAGGAGGUAUGACUAAAAAAUUACAAAACUCUAUUUUAAUAUGAGCCUUGACACUUUACAGCAUCUGUUUUGCCUUGCUUGAACUGAUUUUAUUUGCAAAAAUAAAAUAAAAAGAUCUCCAGA